AUAAAAGGGCAGUUUCGUCAUUUAAAGACCAAAUCCUAGGGUUUAAUUCUGAACCAAUUUAUAAUCGCGUUUGGUUUUUCUUUGGAUCAUUGUCUCUGUCGGUUCGACCCUUUGAAAACCCUCUCUUCCUCGCUGACACUCUUCUUCACUCUUUCCAAGUCCUCUGCAUGUGAAUUUGCGAAGAAACGUGAUCUUCUCUAAACCCUAGUAACCAGAUUGAUUCUGAUCCUUUCCUUGAUCUCUGUUUUCCCGAUCGCGGCGCCAAACUUCAACCACAUCCUCAAAAGUCCAUUUCAAUUGACGAUCUAACAGAAUGCUAGAUCACAGUGAAAAGGUCUUAUUGGUUGAUUCAGAAACCAUGAAAACAAGAGCUGAAGAUAUGAUCGAACAGAACAACACUAGUGUUAACGACAAGAAGAAGACUUGUGCUGAUUGUGGAACCAGUAAAACUCCUCUUUGGCGUGGUGGUCCUGUUGGUCCAAAGUCGUUGUGUAACGCGUGUGGGAUCAGAAACAGAAAGAAGAGAAGAGGAGGAACAGAAGAUAAUAAGAAAUUAAAGAAAUCGAGUUCUGGCGGCGGAAACCGUAAAUUUGGUGAAUCGUUAAAACAGAGUUUGAUGGAUUUGGGGAUAAGGAAGAGAUCAACGGUGGAGAAGCAACGACAGAAGCUUGGUGAAGAAGAACAAGCCGCUGUGUUACUCAUGGCUCUUUCUUAUGGCUCUGUUUACGCUUAGUGCUUUUUUUUCUUCUGGAUCUUACCAUGAUUAGGGUUUGGAGAGCAAUGAUGAUGACUAACAACAACAACAAACUAAAUGUGUACUUUUUGGUAAUUGUUUGGUUUUUGUGUUCUUUCAAUCAUUUUCUACUCUUUUUUUACACCUAUGAAUUUUGGGUAUCUCGAUGAUGUGAGAUUUGGUGGUAAUCAAAAACGUUUUGGAAAUUGUAAGAAGAUGAAUG